CCCGUUCAGAUGCAUGCAGCCAGGACAGACAACCAGCACCGGGGGGCGCCAUCCAGAACACUGAACCCGGUAUGCCAUGACAAGGACGCAACUGGUUUGUGCCUUUGUCAUCAGACAACCAAAAAACUAUCGAAAAGAAGAAGAAAAGAAAAAAACAUAAAGAGAGAUUAAGAAUGAGUGCUACACAUGGAGACAGAAACAUCCAAAGAGGCCUUGCACGGACCUCUGCUUUUACUUUAUUUACUAUUCUAUUUAUGAUUCUUUUAUUUCCCUCUAAAAAAUUUAUUUUUAUCUACUAUUUUUCCCCCUUCCUUUUCUUUCUUCUUCUACCUAAAGUCAUUAUUCCAAUUGUUUCCACUUCCUCUAAUCAUCCCCUAACACCCCCCUCUUUAUUUUCUUUGCUUCCCUCAACAUGUGUAGCAGAGGGGAGCUUAAAGUUUCCUGUCCGUUUCCCCUCCGUCUACUCCGUUCCAUUCAUGAAUGUAUCUACCAUGUACACUGGGUGGCUUGUGCUGUCGAAUUCGUCUUCCUUCUUAUCAAUCCUUCCUUUCUUUUUGUUUCCGUUCCCUUUCGAUCAUCACGUCGCACCAAAGUCUUGUCGUGAGUGAGGUUUCUUGUUUAAUUUGUGCGGCACCUGACUCGGAUUGAGCCUGUAUGUGUUUCUACUCCCUUUUCUCUUUUCCGAUUUCCUUUUCUUCUCUUCUUCUUUUCUGUCUGUUGAUUGUGCUUCUAGCGCUUUACUCUUCCACCAUGUCGUUAGUUACUUUCAAGGGUAUGCUUCGCUUACCUGUAAGAUUCAAUAACAAGAAAAGAA